AUACAAUGCGUGGAUCGAUACAUGUCUUGUGUGUGUGAGGGUGUGCUUGUGUGUACUUCACUUAGCGUGGCGUCAUACAUUGCAUUUUGAUGCCAUAUGACUUGCAAUUAACUGAAAUCAUACAUAGACGCGCGCACACCACACACACACACACACACACACACACACCGGAGCUACUUACGUUUUACUUGUGAAUGCAACUUAUCUCAAGAAAUGUUCGGAGCGUAAAAGCAAAGUUGGACUGGAAACUUGUAACAUUUAUAAACAUAAUUCCAUAAAUACGUUUCAAAGUCUGAAUCGUCUAAUACAUAUUCCAGCUAUAUUCUACCACCAAAGGACAAUAUUUGGAUAUACAUCGCCAGAAGGUCUUAAAGUCUUCGUGGACUUGGGCUUCAUUAUUCACUUGGAUCUGUGAUCAACCUCCAACCAUGGGUAUUAGACGACAGUUCAUUGGCUUCACGGGAGCUGUCCAGAUUCUGCUGACCCUUGUCAUGUUUUCCAUGGGUUCAACGCUCUCCGACCUGUCCGUGGUCCAGAAUGCUGUCCAAGGGUCCUCAGAGGACAGUAUCAACGGCAUGGCCAUUGGCGUUCCUCUCUGGGGUGGGAUUCUAAUUCUGAUGUGCGGAGCUGGAAACAUUGUCGAGGCUUUUACUGCUAGGUCAACCCGGAAGCGAUCAAAUGACCUCCUACCGUGCUCGAUCGGAGCUUUGUGCGCCAACAUGGUCGCCUUCAUGGUCUCUGGUGUCAUCAUCGGCCUCUUCGCGUGGUCCAUCUACGAAGUCGCUUCGACGUUCGUCGUCGCUAUCUCUACCGUGCUCGUAUCAGCCAGUAUUAUCUUCAUCAUGUCUCUGUUGGCUAUGUUCGUGGAUUGCAUGACUGUGUGCCUUACUAGCGGACCUGCUCCACCAAGACCAUACAUUGUCGACUAUGAUCCGCAUCCAGCUCGCGGCGCCGGACAUGGCUACAAAGCAUGAUGGGAUACCAUACGUCAUGACUACAAGGGAGUAAUGAACUUUGUGGUCUUACACGCUAAACAUGGAGGUGGUUGCAAAUUGGCAACAGCACAUUACAGAUAACUCACAUGAAUGUGCGAAUCACAUAGAAAUGUUAAAGGGGAAUCCCCAAGAAGGGAAUUGUUUGAAAGAAAUGAGAAAAAUCAAGUAAGUAUAUAGUGAGCGCUAAUAUGCGCCAAACAAUACGUAAUGAGAUUAUUUUUUAAAUAAAUACGAACAAAUGUUUUCACUAAAGCUGUGAGGAUCUCAGAUUGACCAUAUAAUUUAUUUCAUUCAUAUGUAUUAAGGUAUGGCAACUCUUCCCAUUUCUCUGAUGUUCAGAUGUGUACAUGUAACCAGUUUUAUUUAGAAAUAACAAGAUAAUAUAUAAGCUAUGUUUCAAUCACAACCAAAGGGAAAACUUGCCUGGAUGCGAGAACCACAAAUCCUGAAGCCGCACGAUCAUACAAACCUAGAAAGUUGCCCUUACUAAUGAUCAAAAUCUACUUGUCAAGUUGCUGCUUUGACAUUUAUAUUUAUUCCUGUGGUGAUUAAAUUAUUUCAAAUAAUCAUAUCUUUCCUCGUUGGUAUUUCACCAAGCUGUUCCAAUUUUUCUCCUUUUUUUAUUACAAGAACUUUAUUACCAAAUUUAGAUUCCCCUUUUAAGGAUUAAAUAUCCAAAAAUAAUUCUAUAGAGCGAGUUACCUACCUGAUCAACAAAAACAACCAAGAAACUAGCGAUAAUCGACUGCGGCUAUACGAAAUAGUCAUCUGCAAUUACAUGUAUACGUUUUUAAUUUUACUUCGUCAAAAGGGGCGCUGUUUAUUUCAACAUCCAUGCCUUUACCAUUGUCACCUGCAUUAAUACAGGCGAAAAUUGUCUACAUAUAAAAUUCUAUACCUGAAUGGAUUUAUUCAAAGUGUAUUGACUGAUAUAUAUAUGCAGCUUCUUCUUUUAUACAAGGGAGAUAAUUUAUAUUGGUGUUACGUGUUCGUCCAUUAUGUUAGUUGAAAGUUGCCUUAAUGCAGUUAUUUGUUAUUUGAAUGUAAAUAUUUUGUUUUUCUAUGAACACCUUUCUAUGGUUUGGGUUAGUUUUCAUUAACAUUUCUUUCACCAAGCUUACUCAAACUCAUGAAUUACCUCAUUUAUAUUAUCAUUUAAGAUAACAAGUAUUUUAAUGAUGAUGGUGACAAUAGUAAUAAUUAUAAUAAUAAUAAUCAUCAUCAUUUUCAUUAUUAUUAUUAUUAUUAUUAUUAUUAUUAUGUUAUUGUUGUUGCUGUUUGUUAUCAUUUUUUAUCAUUACUUUGGAAUAGGUUGUUUGUGUUCAUGCCGCUUAUAAUGAAUGUCAAAUAACCGUGCCAGAUUUACUCUCAGCCUUUCGCGAAUUCAGUAUUCUAUUUGUCUGAAAGAUAAUAAAUGUCCCUGCAUGUUUUGUACAGAGUCCUUGAUAAUGUGUGUAAUGUAUAAAACAAUUCAGAAUUAAACAGCAAUUAAUAAGUCAUUUAUAUGAUCUAACAUUUCGUUUAAUCGAAAUCUAUAUUGGCCUACUUUUUAUAUUCACUAAAUACCUUGAUAUAUCCAUGUAUUUGACCAUGAUUUGUUUUCGUCAUUGUAUUAAUCUCAUUUUCGAAUGUGUAGUCUAAUUAAAUGAAAUAAAUUGUGUUUUUCGUAUUCAUAUGCAUGUA